UCAAAAGGGAUGGAAUUCAAUCCAAAACAUCGUAAAUUGCUUAAAAUUAAAAAUUCUUCGCGUCCUCAAUCUACUCACAAAACUCGAUUGUCGAAAAGGAAAGUAGUAACUAGAAAACGCAAAUGUGUCUGUCUACCAGAACAUUUUUCGUUGGUAGAAUUUCCGGUGAUAUGGAAUGAACUAAGACUGAACGAUCAACUCUGUGACGGUGUUAUUACAUGUAAUGAUAAGAAAUCGAUACAUAUUCAUCGAGUUAUUUUAUCAGCAGUGAGUCCAUACUUUAGAGCCAUAUUCGUUAACUCUCUUAGAAAGGGCGAACAAGAAGAAACUGAAAUAUUCGUAGAUGUACCCAGCUACUACAUGAACCUCAUACUUGAUUAUGCAUACACGGGAACCUGUAAGGUAACAGAAGAGAAUGUUGAAAACUUGUUGCCUUAUGCUGAUCGUUUCGAUGUAGUCGGAGUAAUACAGUUGUGCUGUAUUUUUUUGCUGCAGCAAAUACGACCACAUAAUUGUCUGGGUAUAUUCAAAUUCGCCCGAUGCUACUUUUGUAAUGACCUAGAAAAAAAGGGAAAAUCAUACAUAAGACAAAAUUUUGGUCGCAUACUGAAGGAGUGUAAUGAAUUCAAAACACUGACUGUUGAAGAAUUAGAAGAUAUUCUGAGAGACGACGAAUUGAACGUACGUAACGAAGAAAUCGUUUUUCAAGCUCUAAAGACUUGGGUGGAACAUGAUCUCGAAAAUCGAAGAAAAUACAUUCCAUCGCUUUUGACUUGUGUGCGUUACGGUCAUAUUAGUUUCAAAUAUUUAAAAACCAAAAUUCUACAGUGGCAACCAGUUGUCGACGACGAGAGGUGUCAAGAAGCUUUAUAUCCAGCAGUAGUUUUUCUGACAAUCCUUGAUUCAAAACCGGACAGUGAAACCGAUCUAAACGAUCCGUUGGCGAGGCCCAGAAUACCUUACGAGAUACUUUUCGCAGUAGGAGGAUGGAGCGCCGGCAGUCCUACCAGUUUUGUAGAAACUUAUGACACUAGAGCUGAUCGCUGGUUUCUAUCUAUUCAUAUGGAUCUCGCACCCCGCGCCUACCACGGUCUAUGUGCUCUGAACAACCUCAUAUACAUGAUCGGUGGUUUCGACGGAAGUGAUCAUUUCAAUACCGUACGGUGCUACGAUCCAGUAACGAAUGUCUGGCAGGAGAGAGCUUGCAUGUACCAAGCGAGAUGCUACGUCAGUGUUGUUGUGCACGAUGACCUUAUAUACGCAUUGGGAGGGUAUAACGGUCGAACCCGCAUGGCGUCCGCAGAAAGGUACUAUCCAGACAAGAACCAAUGGGAAAUGACGACACCCAUGAACAAACAGAGGUCAGAUGCCAGCGCUGCGUCGCUUGGAGGAAAAAUAUACAUUGUUGGUGGCUUUAAUGGACAAGAGGUGCUGUCUUCUGCCGAGGUUUUCGACCCAGACGUGAAGCAGUGGAGUUUCAUCAGGUCCAUGAUCAGCCCUCGAUCCGGAGUCAGCCUCAUCGCAUAUCGCGACUCCUUGUACGCCCUCGGUGGAUUUAACGGAUAUAAUCGUUUGAACACUGGUGAAAGAUUCUGCCCGCAGCGUGGUGGUGAAUGGCAGGAGGUGACGGAGAUGUUCAGCGCGAGAAGUAACUUCGCAACUGUUCUGCUUGACGAUAUGAUCUUCGUCAUCGGAGGAUUCAAUGGUUCGACCACAAUACCCCAUGUGGAAUGCUACGACGGCGACACACAUGAAUGGUACGAUGCAUCUCCAAUGAACCUCACACGAUCCGCACUUAGCGCCUGCGUUCUAUCAGGACUUCCAAACGCUCGUUCUUUCUCCUACCUCGCAAAAGCGAUACCCGCUGCCGGCGCGGACCAAGCCCAACUGUAAUUGCGAACACCUACGUUACCUUUAUAUCAGCCAGUUCUUUAUUUUUUACUAUUUUCUUCAUUUAGCGAUAUUAAAGGCCAGGAAAUAGCUAUACUUACAAAGUUAAUAGAAUCGU